AUGCGCAACGCUCCACUGGCAAAGCUCGCUCUCGAAACAUCUUCUCAGGCAAAUGUAUCGUCUACCAACAUUCUCUCGGUAUUAUCUACAAUGUCUCCCGGCUCCAUCGCUAUGGCGAACCCCCUCAUCCGCAGCUCUCACGCUGCCCUGAUGGCCCGUCGACCCCUCGGCACCGUCCCCGGUCUUCGCUUCAUGAGCACCACUCGCCCCCCGAUCCGUAUGCAGUCUGUCUCCUGGCCUGCGCUCAAGACGCUCGAUGCUCUCCCGCCUCGAAAUGUUCAGUAUCGGUCUUUUGGUAACUCCAACUUGGUUCCUCACCACCUCCUUUCUCGCACCGAGGCUGCCGCCAACCGGAAUCCCCAAAGCGCACCUACCCAGGCCAGCUUUUACCAGCUCCUGCUCAAGGCCAACAUGCCUGCCAUAGUAGUGGAACGGUAUCAGUCUGGACGCUUUGCUGCCAACGAAAGUGCCACGCAAGCAUAUAACCAGGCGCUUGCCAUGAUUGCUGGAACACUUGGCAGUGCCGGUCAGGCCUCUGCGGGAAUCAGUGAGCAGGCUGCAGCUGCUGGACAAGCAAUUGCCGCUCAGCGCAACGGCGGCAAUGUCGCUGUCUCUGCUGGCGUUACUGGAAAGGGCGGUGCGCUUCAUGUUAUCGUCGACGAAUCGUUCGGUAGCGCUGCUUUCCGGUGGUUUAAGUUUAUGCUCUGGUUCAGUUUGUGCGCCUACGUCAGUCUCGUGGUUAUGACCAUGGUCGUUGAAACAGUUAGUUCGCUGAAGAGACCUGGUGCCAAGGUUGACACUAUGGAGGCCAAGGCCGAAAACCAAAAGGCUCGAUUCUCAGACGUUCACGGCUGCGAUGAGGCCAAGGAGGAACUUCAGGAGCUGGUCGAUUUCCUGCGCAACCCCGACAAGUUCAACACACUUGGUGGUAAGCUCCCCAAGGGUGUGUUGCUUGUCGGACCUCCCGGUACUGGUAAAACUCUCUUGGCUCGGGCUGUUGCCGGUGAGGCUGGUGUGCCCUUCUUCUUCAUGUCUGGCAGUGAGUUCGACGAGAUUUAUGUCGGCGUGGGCGCCAAGCGUGUCCGCGAGCUCUUCAAUGCGGCCAAGGCCAAGUCUCCUUCCAUUGUCUUCAUUGAUGAGCUGGACGCUAUUGGCGGCAAGCGUAACUCUCGCGAUGCUACCUAUGUCCGGCAGACGCUGAACCAGCUUCUCACCGAAAUGGACGGUUUCUCUCAGAACAGCGGCGUUAUCGUCAUUGCGGCCACCAACUUCCCCGAAUCUCUCGACAAGGCUUUGACUCGUCCUGGCCGUUUCGAUCGUCAUGUCGUCGUCUCUCUCCCCGAUGUCCGAGGCCGCAUUGCCAUCCUCAAGCACCACGCCAAGAAGAUCAAGAUGGCUGCCGAUGUGCGUAUGGAGGACAUUGCCGGCCGUACCUCUGGUCUUUCUGGUGCUGAACUUGAAAACAUCGUCAACCAAGCCGCCAUCCACGCCAGCAAGCUCAAGAACAAGGUCGUCACACAGAAGGAUAUGGAAUGGGCCAAGGACAAGGUCAUCAUGGGCGCUGAAAAGCGGAGCAUGGUUAUCACUCCCAAGGAAAAGGAGAUGACUGCCUACCACGAGGCCGGCCACGCCCUUGUUGCUUUCUUCAACAAGCAAGAGGGCGGUAGCCAUCUCUACAAGGUCACAGUCUUGCCUCGCGGUCAAAGCUUGGGUCACACCGCCUUCCUCCCGGAAAUGGAUAAGUACUCUUACACUGUAAGAGAUUAUCUUGCCAUGAUCGACCGUGCCCUUGGUGGCAAGGUUGCAGAGGAGAUCGUGUACGGCAGCGAGUUUGUCACUAGCGGUGUUAGUGCUGAUCUUGACAGUGCCACUCGCACCGCCUGGCACAUGGUUGCCCAGCUCGGCAUGUCACCCAAGCUUGGCCCCGUUGAAUACCUCCGCAAGUAUAAUGAACUCAGCUCGGAAACCCGCGCCAUGGUCGAGUCCGAGGUCAAGAAGGUCCUGGAUGACUCUUAUGCCCGCGCCCGUGCGCUGCUCCUGUCGAAGAGGACGGAACUCGACCUGUUGGCUAAGGCUCUUGUCGAGUACGAGACUCUUGACCACGACGAGGUAGUCAAGGUCCUCCGUGGCGAGAAGCUCACGGACCGUAUUGCUGUGCCCGUUGGCCCCAUGACGGUGCAAGCACCAACCGAUCCCUUGGAGCCAGGUCUGCCUCUGCCAGGGCUGGGUGAUGAUGGUGAUGGUGGGAGUGGCGGUCCACCACCGCCUGCCCCACCACCACCAGCGCCAGCGAGGACGUCAUCGGAGGAGAAAUGA